AUGAGGGCUAAGCGUUCCAAGAAGUACCGUAAGCUCAUGCACCAGUAUGAGCUUACAUUCAACUUCCGUGAGCCCUAUCAGGUGCUUGUGGACUCGAACUUCCUGAGUAAUGUCGAUGCCUUCAAGAUGGAUUUGCUUCCUGCACUUGAGCGGACUCUGCAGGGAAAGCCUAAGCCAUUGCUCACAAAAUGCUCGCUCAACGCCAUCUUGAAAGCCCAGCCCAUCAACCCCAAAACUCAACAGCCAUACCGCCCGCGCCAUCUCCCCCCACCCACAGAAUUACCUCUCCGCCACUGCUCUCACAAUGCCGACUCUACGCCCAUCGAUGAAGUUGAGUGUCUUCUGUCGCUGCUCUCACCUAGUACAGAAACGAAGAAGAACAAGGACCAUUACAUUCUUGCGACCGCAGACCCGAUAGUCAAGAAGAACGACAAGAACGACGGGCAGCGUAAACGCAAGACCGAAGAAGAGCGCGAAGGGGAGCGGGCUAUGCGCCGCGCCAAGACUCUCCGUGUCCAUGCCCGCUCUAUCCCCGGUGUCCCGAUCAUUUAUGUCAAGCGCUCCGUCAUGGUCCUGGAGCCGAUGAGCACGCCGUCCGAGAACAUCCGCGACGGCGUGGAGAGGGGCAAGUUCCGUGCUGGAUUGGAUGAUCCGUCGCUGGGCAAGCGGAAGAGAGAGGAUGAAGCCGAACCUCUUGUGAAGAUUCCCGGACUUAAAAAGGCCAAGGGUCCUAACCCACUCAGCGUGAAGAAGGCCAAGCAGAACCAGCCAGUCUCUACGACUCCGAAGAAACAGAAGUCCCAGACUGCCGAUGCUUCAGAGAACCAGGAUGGUGAGGAGUCUGGUGCGGCUAAGACUAAGCGUAGACGCAGGCAUGCUAAGGGCCCUCGUGAAGGGGAUGAGGAUGUUCCUGCUGAAGCUGGCUCAGCUAUGGAGGUCGACGCAUGA